AUGGUACUAUUCCUCUCCACAGCUGCGAACGGGCAACUUAUAACCGUGUGCGAUGAGAUGUACCAUCGCAUCUUAGCUCGAUUUAAUAUCGCCUUGGACGUUGUCGAUGCGACGUUCGCCUACCUCUUGAUGUACCUUAAAUCCGUUAUUGAACCCACGGAGAGCCGUUGGUUUUACAAAUCGCUCAGGUAUGAAGUUAAUCGGAGCACCACACUGUAA